CUCUGGGUCUUCACGCAGAUGCAAGCAAUGGAAAAGGAAAACCAGACAAAUGUCUCUGAAUUUCUCCUCCUGGGCUUCUCAAAUUGGCCAGGGCAUCAGGCACUACUCUUUGCAGUUUUCUUGUGUCUCUAUUUAACAGGAUUGUUUGGAAACUUGCUCAUCUUGCUGGCCAUUGGCUCAACUCCUCACCUUCACACACCCAUGUAUUUUUUCCUUGCCAAUCUGUCCUUGGUAGACCUCUGUCUUCCUUCAGCUACAGUCCCCAAAAUGCUUCUGAACAUUCAAACCCAGACUCAAUCGAUCUCCUAUUCUGGAUGCCUUACUCAGAUGUAUUUCUGUAUGAUGUUUGCCAACAUGGACAACUUUCUUCUCACAGUGAUGGCCUAUGACCGUUAUGUGGCCAUCUGUCAUCCUUUGCAUUACUUCACCAUUAUGACACAGCGUCUCUGUGCCUCUCUGGUGGCUGUAUCUUGGGUCAUUGCCACUUUGAACCCUCUCUUACAUACUCUCAUGAUGGCCUCUCUGCACUUCUGUUCUGACAAUAUCAUCCACCACUUCUUUUGUGAUGUCAAUUCUCUCCUCCUUCUCUCCUGUUCAGAUACCAGCCUUAAUCAGCUGAUGGUUCUAGCUGUGGUGGGGCUGAUUUUUGUAGUUCCUUCAGUGUGUAUCCUGGUAUCUUACGGUCGAAUUGUCUCUGCUGUGAUGAAAAUACCUUCUGCCCAAGGAAAACUCAAGGCCUUCUCCACCUGUGGAUCCCACCUCACCUUGGUUGUUCUUUUCUAUGGAGCAAUCACAGGAGUCUAUAUGAGCCCUUCAUCCAACCAUUCAACUGAAAGAGACUCAGCUGCAUCAGUAAUUUUCAUGAUUGUAGCCCCUGUGCUAAAUCCCUUCAUUUAUAGCCUAAGGAACAACGAGCUGAAGGGAGCCUUAAGAAAAACUCUGGGCCAGAGAAAAAUCUUUUCCCAAUGA